AAAGAACACAAUUUGCCCAGUAGAGUACGUCGGGGCAGAAAAUCAUUUUCUCCCCUCUUUCGGACAUGGUUGUACGAUACUUUAUACACCUGUUUGGUGUUUUUGUACCUUUUCUUCUCAUACUGUUCCAAGUGUCAUCCUGCAACAUCAAAGUCACCGGUUACAUUGGACAAGAUGUUACCUUGCCCUGCAUUUAUGAUGCCAAAGCUCAUGGAGUUCUAAGUUUCUGCUGGGGACGCGAGAAGGUCCCCACAUCCAAAUGUUCUGAAACAAUCCUGUCAUCGGAAUCUGGAGAUGUGACUUUUAGAAAGUCCCUCAGGUACCAACUGCUGAGUCGGGUGACGCAGGGUAAUGUUUCCUUGACCAUUCUCAGUGCUCAGAGAGAAGAUGCUGGUGACUAUGGCUGCAGGGUGGAAAUUCCUGGAUGGUUCAAUGACCAAAAGACCAACAUACAACUAAACAUGGAAGAAGCCCCUGUGGAACAAGUUCACAUCAAAAACCCAACAGAGACUGCCAGUGUGACAGUAAGGGAAGAAAUUAUGAUGCAUGAGAUGGAAGCUGAAGAAGCAAGCAUGGCAACGAUUCAAAGCGUCACUGGUCAGGGGAAAUUCAAACUUUUCUUAGAAGCAGAAAAUAUUGGGAGGAUUGCAGCUAUUUUCCUCCUCACCAUAAUCCUAAUUCUCAUCCUUAUCAUCCGAAGGAAGGAACUAAUACGAAGAAAGACCCCUCAGGAACUCAACAAGUUCACCAUUGAGAAUAUUUAUGAAACCAUCCCAGUGGUUAAAUGAUGCUCAUUACCUGGACAAAAGAGGCCAUCAAAGAUUUCUUCUGGCUUCACAUCAUGUUAUAAAUAACUCCCUUUUUUUUUGCUCCUUUAAAUCAUGUCUUUGAACAUUUCUCUUAUAAUCACACUAACGA